AAAGGCUGCUGGGAUAGAAAUAUUUGACUGCCGUGGAGGGAAGCGUGGGGCUGGGUUGGAAGAAUGGAUCAGGCAUCCUGCAGCUACAUGUACAAAAUGAAGAUGAUCAUCUGAACGAACAAAAACUGGAAAGAUCAUGUCGAACUGGGUGAUCCGUUCCCGCACUGGAGGAAGCUUGUGUGUAAUUGACUUCAGGAGCAGUCCCUGUGCACCACUCUUUGGUUGAAAUGUCAGUCGUCUACCGGUUUGACUUCUGAGCUUUCGCUGAGGAGACUUAUUGUACCUUUUAAAGGUAAACCGGAGAAUUUUCAAAGUGAAGACUUUUUAAGGAUGUCCCAGAAAUCUUUAAUAGAAGAAGUUUCCCAGUGGAACGAGGAGAUAUGUAUGAAAAAGCUGGAAGCAAUUCUGCCUGAACUUAUCUCCAUAUACCAAUGUAGCGAGAGUGGUAGCAAACAAUUGCGAACAUUGAAGAUUCUCACAGAGAAGUUCUUGCCCCACAUCACGCUUUCUGAGAUAGAACAGACCUUUUCCUCUCAUGUAUUGCCCAAGGUAAUGACAUUGUUUGAUGAACUUGCAAAUGAGCUAUUGCAACACAUAAGACAGUUGUCCAGUCAGAACACGGGCCUGCAGACAGCACUGCGGAACACUAUACAGUCCCAGAUCGAGAUUCUGGAGAUUCUGAUGAGCUUUGUACAUCAUAUGUGCAAAUUUGAGGAAGCUUUAGCUUUGGAAAACAUUCAUUCACUAUCCUUGGCGGUUUUUCAUGUCCUCAAGAAUAUCUUUUGUCACUGCAAGGAGAGUGAGACCUUGUACAGUGGUCGAUUGCAUUUGGUUGCAGACAUAUUGCAGUCCUUAUUUAAGGAGGCAUAUUCCCUUCAAAAACAGUUCAUGGAAUUGUUGGAUAGGAUAGUUCUGGAAUUGGCAACGAGCACUACUGAAGAUAUUGCAUCUAUGGUGACAGUGGUUCACAGUGUUUUGGAAAUAUGUUCAAUCAUUUCUAAGAUGGACCAUGCUCUACAUGCUAAUACAUGGAAGUUUCUUAUUAAAAUAAGUGUGAAGCACCGGGCAUUGCUGGAGAGUAAGCUGCCACAUGAUGGACUUGUUGCUGGUCUUUGUGAGGACAUUCUCUAUUCCUUCAACUCAUGCUUGCAUUUAGCUGAACAAAUGAACCAGCCUACAGCAGUGGAAAAUGGCAACAGUACCGAUUGUAAACUCUUCCAAAAGACAAUGAAGCUGUGCCGAUUUUUCACCAAUACACUCGUGCACUAUGUAAAGGAAUUUAAUGAUUUCCUUUCAACAUCUUGUCGCUUAUUACACCACCUUUACCUUCAGCUGUACAGUAAAUUACCUCCAAGUUUAUAUGCACCUAUUUUGCCCAAUGGAUCUUAUGACCAGAUUGCCUGCAUUGUCCCAGUUGCACUGGAUGCUCUUGUCUCGCAGCUGAUGUCCUACAGGCCCUUUGUGGAGAGAGUGUUACUAGAUAGUCUGGAUUCCUGUUCUGAGCUGGUCUUUCCACAAUGUUUACUAUUGAUUAACAUCAUGGACAAGCUUCCUUCACAGUCUGAGGAAGUUCAAAGCCUCUGGUGUUCUGGUAGCCAGUUUUCAGAUGAAAAGCCAAGUCUACCUUUGUUCCAUGCAUUGUUUCGUAACUUACAGAGGUGUCAUGCGGAACUUUCUGUGCCAAUCCAGCUGCCAGGUGUGACGAGUAAGGGGCAGGCUCAACAAAGUGUCAGUUUGUAUGAAUAUGUAUGCACUCACUUAUGCUCUUUUAUCACAUCCAUUCCGUCGACUUAUUUUCCAGAGCUGGAAUGCUCUUUAUUAGAUGGCGUACUUGGUCCUCAUAUAUUAACUGCUUUGUUGGCUUCAGAUACUUGGUGCUUUCUUGCACGGUAUGGAAGUGCUGAUCUUUGUGCUCAUCACGUCUCCCUCGUAGCUGACCUGGUGAAGUCUUGUUGUGGAGAUUGUUACCAGCUGUCCCAUUUAUCUUUACUCCUGCGACGUUUGCUUUUCCUUAUGGCAGCAGAGCAUCAGGUUAUAUUUGUGAAAAGGUUUACUCCCAAAGAGGCAAGCAAUUUACUGCUAUGGCGUCAAGUUGAUAUUAAAGCUCUGACUCUUGAGCUUCAAAAAUCUGUUACUUCUGAUGUUACCAGGACAGCAACUGACCAAUGCAAAAGAUGGCAAAAUAGCAAACACUCCUUGGGUGAACUGGAUCAAGUGAAUGUUGCCCUUGCUGCUUUGUUGGCUGUGUGUAAUGCCAAUGGGGAAGGCUUGACUUCAGAGCUACAGCUGGUAGUCACAGAAACUCUGUGCCAGAUAUGGCCAUUCCUCACUGUGGAACAGGUGUUGAGCCAGUGCUGUGUUCAGCAGACAGUUACCCUGCUCCUUUCUCUCACCACAAGCCUGAUUCAUGUUUUAGGUGCCACAUUGAUUGCUCAGGUGGUAUUAUUUCUCAGUUUUCUUCUACCUUUAAAUCCUCCUGAUCAUGUUCGUCUUGCUGCAUUGGACUUUCUGGGAUCCCUGGGAAAGAUUGCUAUAUCACCAGAUGUUCAGGGUAUGGUCUUUCCAAAGCUACCUUGUCUCUUUGCUUUCCUUCUGGCUGACCAGUCUUGGCUAAUUCUUCAGCAAGCACUUCAAGGAUUUACACAGUUUGCUGAGGAGACCUGCCAUGAGGAAAUAGUCCCACAGAGUCUGGAGUCGAGCAGUACAAAGACCAAAGUUGUAAGCUUCUUGAACAAGGCAAUCACGACAGUUGAGUCCAAGGAACUACGAAUGGAGAGGUUGAAACAAGAAAAUAUUGUUCUAGAGGCACAUUUCAAUAUCCUAAGCCAAUGUACCAUGAGUGAUCCUACUAUAGUGCAGCCAUCUGCCAAGCGUGCCCGGCAGGAAUCAUGUAAGGAGGAGCAGUACGAGACAGCCUUGCAAACAGCAGAGAAUGCUUUUAAAAUAUUGCAGACUUUGGUAAAGCAGCAAGUGCCACCAGACUGGGUAACAGUCCGUUUACAAGCCUUGCAAGAAACAAUCCUUGCUUUGAAUAGCAGGCAAGAACCUGUCUAAAAUUUGAAUGAAUUGUUACAUACCUUCACCAUAGGAGGAAUGUAUGCUACAGGCUAGUUUUCUUAAUACAAGAUAACUUGUGUUUUAUUUUGAAACAACUUUGAAAGAGCACAAUACUGUCUGUAAAUCCUAUAGGGUUUAAUUGCAUAAAAAUUAGGUGGAGGAAUAAUUUGCAGCAUACCCACAAUACUAAUAAACUUAUUUAUUGUAACAAGAUAUUUUUGAUUUGCCUUUCUACAACAAUAAUUUGAAGGAAAAUAAAUCAUAGAGCAAAACUACUCCUUUAUGGUCGUAUUUGUUUUAAGUUGAUAAGUAGUGGACAAUAGCUUCAUCUUUUUCCAGUAAUGUAAUCAAGACAACCUCCCAGUUACAAAGGGAACAGAUAAGUUGGAUCAUGAAUCACAGAUGCACUCAAUUGCCCAAGUGACUGUUUGAUCAUGUUAAUCAGAAGGUUAUAUCAGCCACUGACACUAAUCUCUAAGAAUCACAGCCAUUGCUUCUCAGUGUAUUCUUUUGGAGGUAAAUCAGUGAGGAGAUAAAAGGAUGCACUAUUUCUUCUUAUAUUC